AUGACGGGAACCAAUGGCGUGUACGCGCCCAACAUGCGCGCUGUCCCUGCCGGAGAAUUCGUGAAGCCGAGCAGAAAGACUAAUGGAGCUGGUGUGCAGGCCGAGGAUACGCGCAUCUGCGUCGUCAUGGUGGGACUACCCGCGCGGGGCAAGAGCUUGAUUGCACAGAAAGUCGUUCGUUACCUCCACUGGUUGUCCAUCAAGGCUAAAACUUUCAAUGUCGGCCAAUACCGCCGCACCGCGACGCCGAACCCGUCCGCCGAAUUCUUCGAUACUUCGAACCCAGAAGGAGAGCGCUUGCGCAAAGCAGCUGCUGAAGCUGCCGUCAAUGACAUGUGCAAAUGGUUUGCCGAGGGGCGCGGUCUGAUCGCGAUUCUGGAUGCAACAAACUCAACCAAGAGCCGACGUCGUUGGAUACAAGAGCGCUGUUCCAAAGAGAACAUCGAAACUCUGUUUGUUGAGUCCAAAUGCGAUGACGAGGAUUUGAUUAUGAGCAACAUAUUGGAAGUCAAGACUACGUCACCAGACUAUGUAGGGCAAGACCCCGAAGAGGCCGCAGCAGAUUUCCGCAAUCGGAUUCGAAACUACGAGAAGGUGUACGAGACCAUUGAUGAAGACGAGCGGGAUCUCACCUAUGUCAAAUUGAUCGAUGUCGGCAAGCAGGUCAUUAUCAACCAGAUUCAGGAUUACCUCCAGAGUCGAGUAGUAUAUUACUUGAUGAACCUCCACAUAAAGCCUCGCUCGAUUUGGCUAUCAAGGCACGGAGAGUCCAAGUACAACUUGACGGGUCAGAUUGGAGGAGACGCUGACCUGUCCGACCGAGGCGAUGCAUAUGCGCACGCUCUACCUGGCCUUGUUGCGAAAUCUGUCGGUGAUGGUCGCAGGCUCACAGUGUGGACGUCUACGUUGAAACGAACCAUCCAGACCGCGCGAUUUCUGUCAUUUGAGAAACUUGAAUGGAAAGCACUCGACGAGCUUGAUUCUGGCGUAUGCGACGGCCUCACGUACGCCGAGAUAGAACAAAAGUACCCAGAAGAUUUUGCGCAGCGUGACGAGGACAAAUACAACUACCGCUACCUGGGCGGCGAAUCGUAUCGCGACGUAGUCAUACGGCUGGAACCCAUCAUCAUGGAACUGGAGCGCAGCGAAAACAUCUUGAUCGUCACCCAUCAAGCCAUACUCCGUUGUAUCUACGCCUACUUCAUGAACGUGCCGCAAGAGCAAAGCCCCUGGAUGGAGGUCCCGCUCCACACGCUGAUCAAACUCACGCCUAAGGCAUACUCGACGCAAGAGGAGAGGCUCAAGGCGGACAUUCCGGCAGUCAGCACAUGGAGAGGUAAGGGUACAAAGGCCGAGCAUCAGGAGGUCGAUGGCAGCGCGCCGAGCCCAAUUAUCGCGCCGGGCAAGGCGGGUUAA